AUGAUAAUAUUCGGCGAGGGCCCAACCGUAGGCGGCGAGGGCCCAGCCGAAGGCGGCGAGGGCUCAGCCGAAGGCGGCGAGGGCUCAGCCGAAGGCGGCGAGGGCUCAGCCGAAGGCGGCGAGGGCCCAGCCGAAGGCGGCGAGGGCCCAGCCGAAGGCGGCGAGGGUUCAGCCGAAGGCGGCGAGGGCUCAGCCGAAGGCGGCGAGGGCUCAGCCGAAGGCGGCGAGGGCUCAGCCGAAGGCGGCGAGGGCUCAGCCGAAGGCGGCGAGGGCUCAGCCGAAGGCGGCGAGGGCUCAGCCGAAGGCGGCGAGGGCUCAGCCGAAGGCGGCGAGGGCUCAGCCGAAGGCGGCGAGGGCUCAGCCGAAGGCGGCGAGGGCUCAGCCGAAGGCGGCGAGGGCUCAGCCGAAGGCGGCGAGGGCUCAGCCGAAGGCGGCGAGGGCCCAGCCGAAGGCGGCGAGGGCCCAGCCGAAGGCAAUGAAGGUUCAGCAGGCGGCGAGGACUCAGCCGAAGGCGGCGUGCGCUCAGCCGAAGGCAGUGAAGGUUCAGUCGAAGACGGCGAGGGCUCAGCCGAAGGCGGCGAGGGCUCAGCCGAAGGCGGCGAGGGCUCAGCCGAAGGCGGCGAGGGCUCAGCCGAAGGCGGCGAGGGCUCAGCCGAAGGCGGCGAGGGCUCAGCCGAAGGCGGCGAGGGCCCAGCCGAAGGCGGCGAGGGCCCAGCCGAAGGCGGCGAGGGCCCAGCCGAAGGCAAUGAAGGUUCAGCAGGCGGCGAGGACUCAGCCGAAGGCGGCGUGCGCUCAGCCGAAGGCAGUGAAGGUUCAGUCGAAGACGGCGAGGCCUCAGCCGAGGGCAUGUUAUGCACAAGUCUGCUUAUCUGGGUUUCGUCGAAAUCAUUUUCUUCGUCGGCUUCCGUAUCAAGAUAA